GAAGGAGAAGGUGUCUUGCUGUUCAUCCUGCUCCUUUAUAAGAUAGUCGAUAUCAUGUCAACUCUAUAUGUGACUUUGGCAUUUCUCAAACUCGGAGGUGAAUUCACAUACGAAGAAAUCGCUGAAUACGGAUUUAUCGUAACGUGGAUCUUUUAUGAUGGAGCUUUGAUAAGUUUAUUAGUAGAGCCUUGUCACCAGACACAUGCAGAAUUACAGAAAGUGAAGGUUUUCAUAAGCCACUUAUUGUGUUUCUGGCCAGAUAGAAACUUUAGAUCUGAAUUGUCCCAUUUUUAUAAUGAGUUUGUAAAUAAUGUUAUCGUAUUCUCCCCUCUCGGCGUGUUCACUCUCACCAGAAAGUUCAUCGUUACAGUAAUCGGUGCCAUAAUCACUUUCAUAACAAUAAUUCAACAAUUCCACCUUAAGGACACUCUUCCUGUACAAAUUUAUUAAAGUACUAGCUGUACCCGCGACUUCGUCCGCGUGGAAUUUACCAAAA